UCCUGAUUGGCUGAAAGCUCUCCUGGUAACCGACCAACACGCGCGACGUGAAGUAAAUAAUAAAAGAAAGAGCUGGCCGUUUCCUGACGCUAAGGGACGAAGCCUCGCUUCAUACGUGCUGUAAGUAGUCCUGCGAAGCGUUAACGGCGCGUUUUGUGCGCUUUCACCAACAUUUAAGCGAGUUUCGCCCUGUUGUUUGCUAGCUUUAGCGCUAGCUGCUCGCUGCCGUUGGCUCCUGGCUGGACCUCCGCUGCCUUAGCAGCUUCAUCAACCAGCACCGGAAGUCCAUUCACCAGCUCUGGUUCAGCUGUAAACAAACCAGAAUGUGCAGUUUUGAGGACAAAAUGCGUUAUGACGGCGCAUAAACGCGUUUGGUCGUGGCUGAGCAGAUGUGGUGAUGCUAGCCAGGCAGCUGCGCCAGCUGCGGCGUUUGCUCCGUUAAAACCCGGUUAACCUUGGAGGUGAUUCUGUGUCAUCCUGCAGGGAGAAGCCGCCACAGCAUCACAGCUCGAUGAUCUGUUCAGAAUGCGGGAUGCUAGAGGGCUGAGAGCAUCUGCAGCACGCCAUGGAUGACCAGGAGAGGAAGGCGUGCCGAGAGGAGGAGCUCGCCUCCGCCGUGGAUGAAACUCUGGAUGAAUAUUUAAUCGGCCUCCAGCAAAAGAACAGAAUCCUAAAGCGGCUCAGGGGGAAAGACCUGAGGGACGUUGAGUUGGAGCGGCUCGAGCAAGGCUUUUCUCUCUACUUUAAUGGAGCCAACGCUGAAUCGGGUCGGAGGAACGCCAAGAACUCCAGCAGCUCUCUGCCAGCCCGGAGGUCUGCAGACGUCUGCAGGAGCGCCCACCAGCUAACCGAGGACGGCCGACCCGUGGAAGCUCCGGCCGACAGGAAGAGGAGCCAGACCGCCCCGGAACGGGUCCGCAGGAAGGAGUGGGUGCAGGAACCUGUUAAGAUCCGGACGGAGGAUGGCCUGAGCGUGAAGCUGUCCCCGGAGAGACGCUACUCGGACGAUUUUGAGCCCUAUGAGAGCGUGGACAUGGAGAGCUCAGGUCUGCGCUCGCCACGUAGCCCCCGCCGCCAGAGAGACGCCUCCAAGGCCACGCGCUCCUUCAGCUCCAGGCCGGAGAGCCAGGGAGGCCAGGCCGACCAGGAGCACAGCGAGAAGGUGCUCCUCAGUCUGGAGGAGGUAAAGGUCCUGCGCCGCAGCCUGGAGGUCAGCAUGCGGCGGAGCAGCAGGGGCUCAGCGGGGGAGGAGUCAGACGAGGAAUGGAUAGAGGAGCACAUCGAGCGGGAGGAGAGCACGGAGAGUCUGGACGAGCUGGGGCUGCCCCUCCCCUCCUCCAAGUCCUCCACUAACCCGCGCAAAAACCAGCCCAGCCGCCAUUUGGACCCGGCAAAACUAAUCGUUCUGGACUUUGGACCGUCGCCUAAAGGUCGUAAGAUUGAACGUUCCCUGUCUGCCAGACGGAGAGAAAGCACCGACUCCUUCGUCGCCACCAAGCCGUUGUUGGUGAAGAGCAAAACUUUAGACAGGCCGCCGUCAGUGGACAGCUGGGUCGGUCCGAGGCCGAGGAGCCGGUCAGAGAGGCCUCUGUCGGCGGCCAGGAAGCCUUCAGACGAAGAACCCGACCCAGAAGAUGUUUUCUACGGCGUGCAGGAAGCUCUGCAGAGAGAAAACACGCCAGUGGAGAGAGCCGAGUUCUGCCGGCGCAGCACGGCCCAGCGGCACCAGACCAGCGGCCCGAAGCAGAAGAACCCAACGGACGAGGACAACGUCACGCUGGCCAUGCAGAGGAUAACCCUGAUGGGGCCCUGCCAACAGCAGAAGCUGCUGGAAGCCUUGGAGCAGCUGGAAGCAGAACCCGGCCACGGCGUUCCUCAGCGUGGGAAGGCGGACUGCAGCAGGCAGCCGAGAGUGCCGGCGUCAGCGGAGGUCACGCCCGUGUUGUACGUCACCAUGGAGAUCCUGUCCAACUGGGGCAACGCGCUGCAGGUCGGCCUCACCGAGCUGCAGUUCUUCUGCCUCAGAAACAGGAAGCUGUUCGUGUCGCCUCACGACAUCGACAUCAGGAACGCCGACUACCCGGGGAACCUGGCGGCGCUGGUCAACGGCAAGGUGAAGACCACCAAAGAGCGCCACAUGUGGACGUGUCCCUUCCACCCGCCCAUCCAGCUCUACUUCGUCAUCAGAAACUCGCAGCGCUCUCUGGACUUCGGCAUCUCUUCCAUCAAAGUCUGGAACUACAACCGCAGCCUGACCGACCUGGACGUGGGCGCGCGGCACAUCAAGCUGUAUGUGAACAGCUCUCUGGUGUUUGAGGGGGAGCUGCAGAAAGGCUGCGGUAACCAGGUCUUUGACUACAGCUCCACCAUCGACCUGAAGGCCUCCUGCCUCUCAGACUCCUUCUUCUCCGGCCCCGGCUCGUCGGGCCACAGUCUGCUGGGGGGCGGCGCCCUCCUCCAUGACCCCCGGAGGAGCGAGGAGGGCGGCGGCGCCCCGCGGCAGCACGCCCCGGCAGAGAGGACUAUGUUAGACAUGCAGGAGAAGCCACACAUGCCUCUGCCACCCAUCGCUCCUUCAGCUCGCCGGCCUCCAUCACAGAGGAGCUCCUUCGACCCGCCCGGCCCUGAGGACCCCCCCUCCCCCCAGCCCACGGAGCAGACGGUCACCACCCAGCCCUCCUCCUCCCGGGUCGCCCCCCAGUGGCUGCAGCCCCUCAGCAGAGGAGCUCCGGAGGGCUGCGAGGCCGGCAGAGAGAGGCCCAGGUGGCUGGUGCCUCAGCUCUCCGCCGAAACCGACCCCCCGGCCCCCCCGGCCUCCUCCAUGCUGCCGGAGCUGCCCUGCAACCCGGGCCGGGUGUGCCGGGGCGGGGAAAGGCCGAUGAACGGGGCGCAGUGGAAGGCCGACUCUUUGGACCUGAGCUGUGACCUCCUGGAGGAGCUGGAGGAGGCGAAGGCGGAGCGGCCCGUCAGCGGCCGCAGGAGCUCCUUCAGGAACGCCUCAGCCGGCUGCAGGAGGACGGAGGAGCAGCGCGCCGCAGACGAGCCGCUGUCUCUGGUCGGCUCCACCCGGAGGCUCGGCUCUCGCUCUCGGACCCACAGCCAGCAGGACGACACUCUCAGGGAGUCCUGGGAUUCCCUCACCAAGUUCAACCAGUGUCAGCGCGGACGCAUCUCCAACAUGGGCUUUGAAGGGGACAUCUUUGACGAGUUCCUUCAGCGCCAGGGCCGUGGCCCCCCCGCACUCCCCCCGCACCCCGCCGCUGCUCCCAGAACCCCUCAGGCUGUGAUGAGCGAAGCCCCGGACGACGACGCCUGCAUGGAGCAGGACGAGGAGUUUGAGAUCCCGGUGCUGCCGCAGGGCCAGAGGCUGGUGAUCAACAUCCUGUCCACCUGGGGAGACCGCCACUACGUGGGGCUCAACGGCGUGGAGGUGUUCAGCUCCAGCGGCGAGCCGCUCCGCCCGGCGCACAUCCGCGCCGAGCCGCCGGACAUCAACGUCCUGCCGGCGUACGGCAAAGACCCGCGCGUGGUCACCAACCUGAUCGACGGCGUCAACCGCACCCAGGACGACAUGCACCUGUGGCUGGCGCCGUUCAGCCCCGGCCGCACACACGCCGUCUUCCUGGACUUCGCCGCCGCCCAUCAGAUCGCCAUGAUCCGCGUGUGGAACUACAACAAGUCACGCAUUCACUCGUUCCGCGGAGCGAGGGAGGUGGAGAUGCUUCUGGACGGGAGGUGCAUCUUCAGGGGGGAAAUCGCCAAGGCGUCUGGAACCCUUUCUGGAGGACUGGAUCAGUUCGGGGACACGAUCCUUUUCACCACGGACGACGACAUCCUGGAGGCGAUGUCUCGCUACGACGAGACCUUCCUCAGUGAAGACGAGGGUCCGGAGAUGUUGGUGUAUGAAGAGGAGCUGCAGAGACCCCGCACCGCCGAUGGAGAGGGUGAAGAAAGGCCGUUCACCCAGGCUGGCUUCAGGGAGGAAGACCUCGCUCUGAAGCUUCAGCUCAACGCUGCUGUAAACCAACCAGAGGAGAAUAUGCAACAUAUUCCUGGCAUGUACACUGGAAAGUGCCUUAGGCUGGAGAUGACGAUGACCUGGGGCGACGCCCAUUACCUGGGCCUGACGGGCCUGGAGGUGGUGGGGCGGGACGGCGACAGCCUCCCUCUGGACCUCGCCAUGGUGGCGGCGUCACCGCGCGACCUCAACGACCUGCCGGAGUACGGACACGACUCGCGCACGCUGGAUAAACUCAUCGAUGGCCACAACAUCACCACGGACGACUGGCACAUGUGGCUCAUACCCUUCUCCUAUGGAGAACCGCACAUCGUGAACAUCACCUUCAACAAGCUCCAGACCAUCGCUGGGCUCCGCGUCUGGAACUACAACAAGUCGCCUGAGGACUCCUACCGAGGGGUGAAAGUCCUCCACUUGUUCUUGGACGAUGUUGCCAUCUCCCCGGCGGAGGGGUUCCUGGUCCGGAAAGGACCGGGUAACUGUCACUUUGACUUUGCCCAGGAGAUCCUCUUUGUGGACUACCUGCAGCCUCCCACUGAUCCCUGGAGCAACGACAACUCCCAGAGCUCUAAGAGGCAGGAGCAGGCCAGCAUGGACUAUGAAGCUCCCAUCAUGCCUUGCGGGUUCAUCUUCCAGCUGCAGCUGCUGACCACCUGGGGAGACCCGUACUACGUGGGUCUGAACGGCCUGGAGUUCUACGACCAGAACCACCACAAGAUCCGUCUCACUGACAACAACAUCGCGGCGUUCCCGGACAGCGUGAACGUACUGGACAACGUGAGCGGCGACGUUCGGACGCCGGACAAACUGAUCGACGGCGUGAACAGCACGCACGACGGCAGACACAUGUGGCUGGCGCCGGUUCUGCCCGGAACGGUGAACCGCGUGUACGUGGUGUUUGAUCGGCCGGCGACCGUGUCCAUGAUCAAGCUGUGGAACUACUCUAAGACUCCCCACAGGGGGGUCAAGGAGUUUGGGCUGCUGGUGGACGACCUCCUGGUGUAUAACGGCAUCUUGGAGUGCGUGAGCCACGCCGCCACGGGCAUCCUGCCCACCUGUGACCCGGUGGUGCCGUACCACACCAUCCUGUUCACGGACGAUGUCUACGUCACGCACCGGGAGAGGAGCACCGUCAUCAGCCCCCGUGGCAGUGGACAAAACCAACAUAAUUAUGUGGAGGAUCAAGACGUGAAGUUGACCAAUGAGAAUCAGAUCGUUCAUCACAGCAAGAAGAAGCCGACAGCGGAUCCAGCUCUGCGGCCCAAAACCUGCAUGACUGAUGGCGGCAAACACGGAAAGAGGAGAUACUGACAACAAACGUGGAUUUUUGUUUUAUUUGUUCUGCGCGAGGACUUCUUGACGACGACGUUCCUCCGAACUUUGGUGAGCAACUCCUGAAAAGCUAAAAAAAAAA